AUGAGUCACGCUCGUAAACAUGUCACAUCCUCUCUGAAUGAUUUGGUCGAACCCAAUGAAACACAAUCCAUCGUCAAGGUUGUUGACAUUCGGGGUGGCAAAUUAACAGAGGUACAAUACUCAAAUGGAACAACUACAUUGGCUAUCCUCCCUUCUAAAUUUAAUAAAAAGUUAUGGAUAAAGAAAGGUAGUACAUAUGCUAUUAUUGAUCAAGAAGAUACACAAGAAACAAGUAAGGUUAGAACCUCUAUUGUUAGUAUCUUGGGUGAAGAUCAAAUUAAACAUCUUGUAAAAGUUAAUCUUUGGCCAAAAGAAUUCCAAGAAGAUAAUACUAAACAACAACAACAACAAAAGUCUAUCGAUAAUAACAACAAGAUUGUCAUAAACAACUAUGAUAGUGACAGUGAUGGUGGAUUAGAUGAUUUAAUUGGAAAUCCAAAUCAUAAAUAUGUUGCAGAUAGUGAAGAUGAAUAUGAAGAUGAUGAAGACAGUCAAGAAGAAGAAAGUGAUGAUUAA